CAUGGCAACAUAUACCGUCUCCGACACCGGAUUUAAAGCGGGAAAGGGAGGUGAAGGAAGCAAACGGCAUUGUUAAAGUUUAUUAGUUCUGGAUGAGGAGCUGUAAAACCGUAUAACCGUGGAUAUUCUGUGGAAAAUAAAUCUGCCGACAGACGUUUAGGGACGUUUUUCGACAUUUACUUGCAUAAAAAUGUGAGCAAAGAGGCUAAUCGGCGAAGCUGUGUGUCCGCUGGGGAGGGAGGCUGUGAACAGGACUGACGAGGCCUUUGUGGAGUAUGUUAACUCAAGACGGGAGGAUAAGAAAAGCAGCCUUUUCUCGAUGAAAGAGAAUAAAAUGAAGACAAAACGCAGUCAGAGGCACCCGGGACCCAGCUGGCAAGGAAAAGGUGGACAUACUAGUGACAAGGUGACGCUGAGUCAGGCGAAACGUACAUCAGUUCCCACACAAGUCAAGCCUUUUGCUGGAAAAGUGUUUUACCUGGACCUGCCAUCAAACAGAGCCGCAGAAACCUUAGAGAGUGACAUCAAACAGCUUGGAGGGACUGUGGAGAAGUUCUUCAGUAAGGACAUCAAGUAUCUGGUAUCUAACAAGCGGGAGGCUAGAUAUGUGAACUGCCUCAGACAGGACUCUCCUGUUCCUAGCCCAGACUCUGGACCGAGUUCGCCGUAUCCUUGCUCAAACCCACACCGGCCUGGCAGCCAUGGCGACAUCAAGAGCAGAUCUCAAGGACAAACCGACACGUUUGUUACAAGCCGAGGGAAGUCUCUGGUGGAGAGAGUAGUGAAAGAGCAGGAAAGGAUUCAAGUAAACAAGAUCCUGUCAAAUGCCCUGGAGUGGGGUGUGAAAAUCCUAUAUGUAGAUGAUUUAAGAGCAUAUGUUCAUAAGAAAAAAAAGAUCAUCAAAAGCUCAGUUCCUGCAGCCACUGUGGCCAAAUUAUGUGACAAAGCUGAUUCUGCAGCAAAGCAAGGCCUAGAGAAAUGCAAAGGCGGGCGGAUUGGUAAACCUUUCAUCAAGGUUGAGGAUUCAAGUAGGCACUACCGUCCAAUCUACCUCACAAUGUCAGACAUGCCUGAGUUCAACCUGAAAACCACUGCUCCCUGUAGUCCGUUCUGUCCUGAGGAGAAGGAUCCUCCUGCAAACAAACAGCGGGGACAAAGAGGUGUGAAAGCCUCAGUCAGUGAGGAGAGAGCUCAUGGACGAAAGAAGAACAGAGAAAAGAAACGAGGCGGCUACUGCGAGUGCUGUAUGAUCAAAUACAACCAGCUGACGAUGCAUCUGCAGAGUGAGAGUCACAGGGCUUUCUCUAAGAGUGAUGAGUACUUGCUGGUGGACAGAUUGAUUUCAACCUUGAACCACAACUUCAUGCACAUUAAAGGAGCUAAACUCAAAAGACCAAAGUGCAGUGUUUCCUCUGUUCUGAUUGCUCCUGGACCUUGUAGAAAACCUGAACUAAGGCCAAAGGGAGAUCCUUCAGAGACUGUUCAAGAAGAGGCGCCCUGGACUGUUGAUGUGAACGAAGGAUUAAAUUCCAGACAGGAUAUAAAAAUCGCAUCCGUGCCUGCCUCUGCUGAAUUGAUUCGCAGAGAGGGCGACCAGAGGAACUGUUACACUCACUCAGACAGAUCCAGGCACAAAUUGCUUGAACGUAAACGGGUGUGCAGACAGAAUUCACACACUUCCCGCACCCAAAAGUCUAAUCGACCUCAAAGUCCUCAGUUUGCCCCAUCAAGAGGUGAAUUUCUUCCCUCUUUGCCCACCAGAGAUUGCCAGGAUGACUUGCUGGACCAGAUACCUCACGAGGACAUAAACAGCUCAACUUUGCACGUUGAUAAUAUGAACAUACAGAAUAAUUUGGCCUCAAAAAGCCUCAGUUUUAUUGAAAAUGAACAAGAGUCUGAUAAGAAAGUGACUGGAAAAAAUGACUCUGGAAAGAAAGAAGGAUGCCUUCCUACAGAAAGCUGUUCUCCAGUCCAGAAAGUUCAGAGGAGGAUUAAAGUUUACAAGCACAAAAGACGAAAAUUGGACACAAAUGUCGAACAUGUAGACCCUUGCGAUGUUUCUGAUAACUCUUUAUUGAAGCUUUUCCAGUCCAGUGAUGACAUGGACGUGGAGUUUCACGGAUUCGAAGACUAGAAAUAGACAAGCUAAAGGGAUUAGCUUGAAUUCCUGUGUCCUGGACUACACAGGCUGUUAGAUUUAAGAUGUCCUGGCUUUUGUGUUUCAUAAGAAAUGCAUCAGCUCUCCCCCUUCAAUCAGAUGAUGGUGAUUUUUAACAUUUUGUUUACAGAGUAUUAUAUAUUGUAAAACUUAGAGUGGCCCUAGUAAUAUUGUUAUUGUUAUUUCUAACCAUAUAGCCCCAGUUAUAUGGUAAUGUACUUGAAAUCAAAGAUAUUUAGUCAAAACAUUUCUUUGACCAGAGUAGUCUGCUGAGUACAUGAAAUGUAGUGCCAGCUUAGCGUUAGCUCUAAGUCCCUUUUGCUCAGUCUGCAUCUGACUUGACUUUAAGACUUUGUGUUGUUGUGCAGCUUUCCUGCUUCUCCUGUGAACGGGCAUGUGUUUAAUAAAGGAAGUGAGCAACGCUCUUGAAAUGGUAAAAGAAUAUUGUGAAUACAUGCCAGUAUUUUGACACUGAUGGGGUACAGUAAUGUCAGAGCAGCUAUGUUUUAUUGCCAUUUGGAAAAAAAAAAAAUCUAUGAAAAAUUGGUGCAAGAAUUAUUAUUUUACAUGAUUUUCUUUCCAUGAAUACUGACUGUAGAAUUUAAAGAGCAGCUUAUGGAUAAAAGGCAGCUUCAGUCAUGACAAUUAUCUUUAAUCCUCUCAGACAUGAGGAUGUGGAUGUGUAAUUCAAAUAAAUGCCUGUUGUACUGUGA